AUGGACCCAGGGCUCGGCGCCAUGCAUCAUGGCGUCGAGGUAUCACGUCUCGGCGCCAUGGAUCACGGCGCCGAGCUCCCUGGGCCAAGCCAGCGUGGAUUUUGCGUGGCGGCUUGUGUGGAACUACCCCCGCUUCGACCUCGAACGCAUGACAAGUUCGAGGAGAUGCGGUAUAACGACAGGUACACACCUCUGCUGCAGAGGGCUGGCCUAGAUGUCAUAUCGUAUCAGGUUCGUCGUGGGUUGCCUCCAAUUAACCCCGCGGCGAUCACAGCUUUAGUUGACAGGUGGAGGCCAGAAACUCAUAGUUUCCACCUACCUUGUGGAGAGAUGACUGUUACACUCCAGGACACUCAGAAGAUCCUGGGUUUGAGUGUUAGAGGUCGUCCAGUUAUCGGACACUGCAGGUCCGAUGGUUGGAGGGCCAGAGUUGAGGCCUUCCUUGGAAGACCACUUCCUCCGGAGGCACCGACGCAGCGCACCACUGGGGUACCAAUUGCUUGGCUUAGGCAGAGCUUUGGUAAUUGUCCGGCACAUGCGGACCAGGAGACAGUUGCCUACUACUGUAGAGCUUGGAUCUUGCACCUAUUUGGGUGUGUUCUUUUCCCUGACGCGACAGGGGACACUGCAUCGUGGAUGUACCUCCCGUGCCUCACUGACUGGGACACCACAGGUACUUACAGCUGGGCUUCGGGAGUGCUGGCUUACCUAUACCGUAGCCUUUGUGAGGCGUGUCGUCGGACCGCAAGUAGUUCUUCCGUUGGUGGUUGUGUUUACCUACUGCAGCUUUGGAUGUGGGCUCGUCUUCCAGUUGGACGGCCCAUAGUUGACGCUCCUCGGGAAUGGUUUGCAGUGGGCAACCCUCGUCACCGUCCGACGUUUGCCCAUCUUUGGGACCAGGCGAAAGUCGCCUUCAGCAGGACUUCACGUGCGUACGUACAGUAUGCCAAUGAGCUCGACACGCUUAGGCCCUCCAUGGUUAAUUGGGAGCCGUACACGGCGAAUGAUGCGCUACAUCUUGGAGUAAGCAGCAUGUGUAGCGAGGAUGAAGACUUGUACUUGAUGAUCUGCCCUCUGAUUUGCUUCUAUGCUGUUGAGUGGCACCUUCCAAAUCGAGUAGCCCGCCAAUUUGGCUUGUGCCAGCAAUGGCCUGUCCCUCCAUUUGAUACUUCCGUGGAGCUGCACAAAAUCAAUGUUGUUAAAUCUGUGUUAUUAUUUUCAUCUUUAAUAUUUAAUUUUAUGAUUGAUCGUCAGAAGCAAAAGAAGACAGUUGAGUUUCAAACGUUGCAUCGUCAGUACAUAGAGGUGUGGGACCAGUUUCAUGACAACCUCUACGAAAAUGAGCAACCACAUACCAACUACAAUUUUCGUGCAUACCUUACUUGGUACCUAGGUGUUACACGAACAAGGUUGAAAAUUCAGUGGACCCAAGCAGAUUAUGCGUACCUUGAAUCAUCUGAGGAUGAGGACACUUCCUAUGACCUAGCAGCACGACAAGGGACACUUAUCGAGGCAGCACCUGUCUUGGACCGAGUGGGCAACGCAAUAAAGCAAUCUGUACUUGACAUCGAACGGUUUCCAAGAACAGGUGUGGACGAGCACACACUAAACAACUUUCUUGGAAGACUAGCACGUAGGCUUAGGCGUGCUGCAGCUCGGUGCGGUUGCGGUACUAGUGCUGCGAUGAAUGUGCAUGUGCCACAGGAACGACAAUGCAAGACACCUGUUGUGCAUGGUACAUCUUCUUUGGGAGGAUCUGGAGGACAGAGCUCGUCUCGGCCAACUAUGGACACUUUUCAAAGCGAUGAUGAUGAGGACGAAGAGGGGGUGGCCGAGGAGCGUGACUAUGACGAGCUUGGGUUAUCUCAGCUUCCUGAUGCUCCUUCUACUCAGCCUACGCAGGUUGCAAGAAGGCGACGUCGUUCGCCUUGUAGGUACACUCCAGGCACCGAUGCUCUUGGCCACAAGGGUAAGGGUAAGACUAGGAGGCAGUGAGGAUGACUUCUGUGCUAACACCAUGGUAGCAGCUUAGAUUUGAUGGCAUAACUUCUGUUAUUUUGCAUGUAUCGACACUGUGAACUUUGUGGACUAUUUGUACUAUAUGGGACUGUAUGGUCUCUGUGGACUAUC